AUGGAAGCCGAGAUGAGAAGGCUGAGACAAGAGCUGAGGCAAACCAUGGAGAUGUACAGCUCAGCUUGCAAGGAAGCCCUCAUGGCGAAACAACAAGCCAGGGAGCUUCAUCGGUGGAGAAUGGAGGAAGAGCAGCGGCUCGAGGCGGCGAGAUUCUCCGAAGAAGCCGCACUGGCUCUCGUCGAGAAGGAGAAAGCCAAGUGCAAAGCAGCACUCGAGGCAGCCGAAGCCGCCGAGAAAGUCGCCCAAUUCGAGGCUCAGAAGAGACGCGCUGCAGAGUUGAGAGCCAUACAAGAUGCAGAGGAGAGAAAGAAAGCCGGAACAUCUCUGUCCCAAGGCGGUGCCGAUAUUCGGUACAGGAAAUACGACAUCGAAGAAAUCGAAUCCGCGACACACGACUUCGCGAACAAUUUGAAAAUCGGAGAAGGCGGGUACGGCCCUGUGUACAGAGCUCAUCUCGAUCACACCCCUGUUGCAAUCAAGGUCCUGCGGCCCGACGCAGCUCAGGGGAGGUCACAAUUCCAGCAAGAGGUGGAAGUUCUGUGCUGCAUUCGCCAUCCGAACAUGGUCCUCCUCCUCGGAGCUUGCCCCGAAUACGGCUGCUUGGUCUACGAGUACAUGGCCAACGGUAGCUUGGAAGACAGGCUAUUCAGGAGAGGCAACACCCCUCCCCUGUCUUGGCAGCUAAGGUUCCGAAUCGCGGCAGAAAUCGCAACCGGCCUGCUGUUCCUCCACCAGACCAAGCCAGAACCGCUGGUCCAUCGCGAUCUCAAGCCGGGGAACAUCCUGCUGGACCGGAACUUCGUCAGCAAGAUCAGCGACGUAGGGCUGGCGAGGCUCGUCCCUCCCUCUGUCGCCGACUCUGUGACCCAGUACCGGAUGACAUCGACCGCGGGAACGUUCUGUUACAUCGAUCCGGAGUACCAGCAGACCGGAAUGCUCGGGGUGAAGUCUGACAUCUAUUCGCUAGGCGUUAUGCUGCUCCAGAUCAUUACCGCGAAGCCUCCCAUGGGGCUAACCCACCACGUCCAGAGGGCGAUCGAUCAGGGGACGUUUGCGGAGAUGCUCGACCCGACUGUGCCGGACUGGCCCGUCGAGGAGGCGUUGAGGUUUGCCAACCUGGCGCUUCAGUGCGCCGAAUUGAGGAGGAAGGACCGGCCGGAUUUGGGGAACGUGGUGCUGCCGGAGCUCGACCGGUUGAGAACGCUUGCCGAUGAUGUGUCGCCCGCUGGAGGGUUCGGAUUUGGCGGGAGCACGGGGAGCUCGCCUUUGAACAGCCAGAGCAGCCAGGAUGUGUUCAGCGAUCUUCAAUCGGGUUACGAUAGCUCCAGAAGCCGGUCGAGUACUAUAUCUUCCUACGGUGGCAGAAGAUGA